GCGAAGAUGUAACAUUUAUAUUAUUCAAUGCGCGUAUGAAUAAAAAUUGUGUAAAAUUUAAAUUUAAUUUCUAAUUUGCUGCAUCGCAUCACGUCGAUUCAAUUUAUCGAUUUUUCUUCUGAAAUGUCUAUCGAGUUAUCUAAUAUCUGAAAAAAUGAUUUUAUAUAAUAUAAUUAUUAAAAUAAUUUGCAAACAUGGCGUCACUGAUCGAUUGAUCAAUGGCUAUGUUCAGAAAACACAACAGUUGAAUAAUUCGCUAAUAUAAUUGGUCAAAAUUUAGAGAUCUAAUAGUAAGGACCAAUAAUCACUGAUCGCUCACUGAUCACUUCAAUCACUUGUGUUUUCUGAACGUAACCAUUUUCUCUUAAGCCCUAUCCAGACAGAAUGGCCGGAAAUUCCAACGAUAAGUCCACUCUCUUCGCGACAAUAAAGAACAGGCUGAAAAAAAGACGCGCGUCAGCAUGGCGACCUUUGUACUACACGUGUGGUGUGAUCUCUCUGGACAUAUGCCUUGCGCAGCUAUGUAAAUUGGUCCGAAUACGCCUUUAAAAGAUUAGAGAUUAAUCUCGCGACGAGAUUUGUGUGGUUGACGUUUCGGGCAUUCGCUUCGACCGAAAGGCCAAUCGGAGCAUCGAAUGAUAUAUAGCCGUGUCAAACGGAGUCGUAUCGCCAUUCGCACACACCCUGUCAACUUGUGGCACCGCGUUUAACGAAUUUGUAACCUCCGGGAAAACGACCGGAAUCUUGGCACAAAAAUUAUUUAACCUCACGAACAUGGAUGAUGAUGAUCAUUAUCAAAGUGGUUAUGAAGAUCACUAUCAAAGUGGUUCUUUCCCAAAGGAUUUUGGAUAUGCACCGUUUGAUGGUGAAACUGAGGGAUCUAUGGAUCCACUAGCUGGAGAACAAAAGCCUAGAAUACUUUUGAUGGGUCUCAGACGUAGUGGCAAAUCAUCGAUACAGAAGGUAGUAUUUCACAAGAUGUCACCCAACGAGACGCUGUUUUUAGAGAGUACAAAUAAGAUAAUUAAAGACGAUAUAAGUAACUCGAGCUUUGUACAAUUUCAAAUAUGGGACUUUCCUGGACAAAUCGACUUUUUCGAUCCCACUUUCGACAGCGACAUGAUAUUUGGCGGUUGCGGGGCACUGGUAUUCGUGAUAGAUGCACAGGACGAUUACAUGGAGGCGCUCAAUAAACUUCAUGCAACAGUCACGAAGGCAAACAAAGUUAAUCCAGCGAUCAAGUUCGAAGUUUUUAUCCAUAAAGUAGACGGAUUGUCAGACGACUGUAAAAUGGAGACUCAAAGAGAUAUACACACGAGGGCCAACGAUGAUUUAGCGGACGCUGGAUGCGAUCAGAUACACUUGAGUUUUCACUUGACUUCGAUAUAUGACCAUAGUAUAUUUGAAGCAUUUAGCAAAGUUGUUCAAAAGUUAAUACCACAGCUGCCUACCUUAGAAAAUUUACUCAAUAUACUAAUAUCGAAUUCAGCAAUUGAGAAAGCAUUCCUAUUUGAUGUUGUCUCAAAAAUAUAUAUAGCAACGGAUAGCUCACCUGUUGAUAUGCAAAGUUAUGAACUAUGUUGUGAUAUGAUUGACGUUGUUAUCGAUGUUUCGUGCAUAUACGGAUUGAGAGAGGAUUUAGAAGCUGCUGCAUUUGACAACCAAAGUUCCAGUUUAAUUAAAUUAAAUAACGGCACAAUCCUAUAUUUACGUGAAGUGAAUAAAUUUUUAGCAUUGGUCUGCAUCUUACGCGAGGAUAAUUUUGACAGACAAGGUGUGAUAGACUAUAACUUCCUUUGUUUCCGCAAGGCGAUACAACAAGUAUUCGAAUUACGAAACAAAGCGUUAGCCGCGACAAAUGCGACAAAUCACUCAUCAUCGCCUGUUAGCACGAACGAAACUUCGAAUGCCGCCACGGUGUCACAAACUGGUACCAUUGGACAAAACGGUACCGUUGUAAUCGCGCAGAGUUAAUCUUUAUGUGCAAUAUAGAAUCUAUCAGGCACGAAUGUAAUAUAAUAGAUCUUAACUUAAUAUUAACUUCAUCAUUAGUUAUUUGAAGAUCUCUUUUUUGCAAAUAUGUACGUUAUAAACACCACACAUUUUUUUUCUUUCUUAAUAUAUUAUACUUUUUAUAUUAUAUAUUAUUAAACAGGAAAUAUAUCUUUCAUAUCGAGAAUGGCUUAUAUAAGUGUAUAUAAACUGUAUAUACGUUAUCAUAAUCAUGUUACCAUAACAUAAACUUAUAUUAUUUUCAUAUUUUUAAACUGUAACCCAAGUUACUGCGAAACUUAUAAUUGAUAUUUGUUACAUAGAAUAUUGGAAUGCAUAUAUCUUAUUAGUUAUUGUUUUCUUUAUGUAUCUUAAUGAAAUAUAUGGCAGUAUAUAUGUGUGCGUGUAUUUAAAUGUAUAUCUUAACACAUUAUACAAUAUAUUUACGUUCUCUCUCCUUCUAGUGUUAGAAUCUAACUGUUACAUACAGUUUGUAAUUUUUUAAUCUAAAUAACUAAUUUUAUUGAUUCAUUAUAAAAAUCGUGAUACGUUUUAUUGUAUGUCAAAUUAUCGAAUAUAUUUUUAUUUUUGUACAUAUUUGCUUAAAAUGCUCCUUACGAUGUUACGAAUUAGCAACGAUAUUUUUUAUCUCAUUGUGUAACGCACAUGAUGACGAAUUCAUAAUAAAGAAUUGUUCCUCAUA